CUCUCACUGUCGUCACUGUUUCGCGGUUCAGUGUUCCACAAUUUUCACUUUAAAAUGAAGCUUUUUGUCGUUGAAAGGUAUGGCGCAAAUGAUGCAGGAAUCAAAGAUGAUUCCGUGCAGAAGCAGCGACUGGACAAUCUCCUGAAGAAGGCACAGAAGCGCAAAGAAACUGCCGAAAAUGCUAUAAUUUCGGAGCAGCAACAGGAACAGGAGGAAAUAGUCAAGAAGAAGAAGAAGAGAAAGAGUCAAGUUUCGGAGAGUGUGGAAGCUGAAAAGCCAGCUGAGCAAGAAGAGCAGCAAAAGGAUGACGAAGAUGGUUUGGAACAGCGAAAAAAAGCUGCUGAAGCCAGCCAGGAGCCAGAGGGUUUCACUGUCAUUGGACGAGACCAAUUCAAAAAAAUUAAAGAGGUUAAAGGUGUCGCACCAAAGUGGCUCUUACAUCCCACUGUGAUUUCUGUAGAUAUGAAAAAUUUGGACGCCAAUGUUGAUGAUGUUCUGGACUUGGCUCCAGUGUUGAAGCAAACGCUCAAAACAGAAAACGUACAGAAAAUGUUUCCAGUCCAGAGGGAUAUCAUUCCUUGGAUACUGAGAGAGUUUAAAUUCAGUUUAACUGGAUACUGGCCUAGAGACCUCUGCGUAUCUGCACCCACGGGGAGUGGAAAAACCUUGGCUUUUGUUUUACCCCUGGUCCAGAUUUUGCUUGGGAGACCUUUGCUGGAAGUGAAAGCGCUGGUGGUGUUACCUGUGCAGGACCUGGCAAAGCAGGUUUUCUCAGUUUUUCAAACAUACUCGAAAGGGACAAAUGUGAAAGUUGCUCUGGCGGUUGGACAAGGGCAGAUUGAAAAUGAACAGAGGCAACUUGUUCGAAAAGACGCGUGUGGCAAUUUCCACCCUCUAGCUCACAUUGUGGUGACCACCCCAGGUCGGCUGGUACAUCACCUUAGAGUAACAGAAGGUCUGGACUUGAGCAAAUUGAGGUUUUUGGUAGUUGAUGAGGCAGACCGAGUGAUGGACAGUGCCCAGAGCGACUGGCUCUUCCAUCUGGAGAAGCACAUUGCUAAAAGUGGAUCAAAACGAGUUUUAGGGCAAGUGCCCCCAUUGACCAUCCACACCCUAGAAACGCAAGCACCUCCGCCCCAAAAAUUGCUGUUCUCUGCCACACUCUCACAAGACCCUGAGAAGCUGGCGAAACUGGCGCUUUUCCAGCCGAAACUGUUUACAAGCGUUGUCAAGUCGAAAAACCCAAGUGCAGAUGCCGAGAAUGAUGAGGAUGAAAAUGUUGGCCACUUUUCCAUGCCGGCUGAAAUCAGAGAGCGAUACGUUCUUUGCGAAGAAGAGGGCGCCAAGCCUCUGCUUCUGCACUGUCUGCUGACCAAGCGAGCGGUGAAGUCCCAGCAGAAGAAAGGACACGGUUUCAAGAGCCUGUGCUUUGCUGACUCAAGAAUGGCCGCCCACAGACUUUGUCUGCUGCUGCAGAAGCUGUCUGAGAGCUCAGAGACCAAGCUGAGAGUUGCUGAAAUCACUGCCGAGCUCAGACUAAUGGAAAGAAACUGCAUCUUGAAUAGAUUCACCAACGGAGAGCUUGACGUAAUCGUGAGUUCUGACGCCCUUGCUCGAGGAAUCGAUAUUCCGUCGGUGGACUGCGUGGUGUCGUAUGACAUGCCUCAGCAGGCCAAGCUGCACGUACAUCGCGUUGGUAGGACAGGCCGCGCGGGUCGGAAGGGUGAGGCGAUCACGGUUCUGUCACCGCAGCAGCUACCAUCCUUCCAGCACAUGCUCAGAGGCGUCGCCAAGGGGAACGAACUGAAGGAGCUGAAAAGUCCCCAGGAUGAGAUGGAGGCGCUUGAGGAAACAUACAAAAAGGCGCUGGCCGAAGUUCGCAAAUGCAUUAAGGAGGAGGCCAAGCACAAACUGGUUGUCAAGAAAAAGAGGACUGGAGUGUUUAAAAGAAAUAAAACAGCGAGGAGGAAAAGCGCUAAAAAGCUGUUGAAAGCAAAGAGAAAAUAAAGAUAGGCCUUUUAUAUCAAAACAAUUGUUUUGCUUCAAAGGGGCGCAUUGUAAAUUGAAAUUAAAUAAAUUCUUUUGUACUAUUUUAGCUGCUUAUCUGAACAGAAGCAGACCUCAAUUGCUGGCUCCAAUCAAUUGUGCGAAGUAUAGCAUUUCAGAAGAGGCAAAAUUCCUUCAAAUUUAUAUUUUCUCAGUAAAGAUCUUUAUUUUCUUAGUUCUUGAAUUGGAUCAAAUUAAACAAAUCAAUUCAUUUUAUACCAUCCUUGUAUGUUAUACGAUUGAGCAUAAUAUAAAGGUUCUUCUCUACUCAAGUAAACAGGCAGAAAAAUAAAAAUUCCAAAGUUUUGGUCAACAACAA